CCACAAUGGUGUCGAUAAAGUACAUCUUGCUAUUCCUAGCCGUAUUCUAUUUCCUGGAUGAUGUUGCGGCGGUGACUUGUGAUGUGGCCCCAACGGAUUCAUCCUGUAUCGAUUGCCGAGUUUAUCCAGUUCAUAUCGAAUGUUUGCAGAGGCUUUGGACCCAAACCACAACUGCUGCCCCACUGACGGUUGCCACCACCAGAAGGUCCCGAAUCGGAAAAGUUCGCAACUUUUUCAGCACUUUCUUCUCGCGAAUUAGGAGUAGGAGUUGGUUCUGAGUGACAAACAAAUAAAUGCGACAA